AUGGCAGAGUCCCAGGAGUACCUGGCAGACAGCAGCCCCCUCAUUACAGCUGCCCGGCUGGGGAAACUCCGUUUGGUCCGCCUGUUGGUUGAGGGGGGUGCCCACGUUAACGAGCGGAACCAACGUGGCGAAACGCCACUGCUGGCUGCGUGCCGAGCCCUUAGGGGCAACCAGUCAGGCAGCACCAUGCUGAGGCUCAUCUGCUUCCUCCUCCAGAAUCAGGCUGACCCAAACGUGCAGGACAAAGCGGGCCGCACUGCCCUCAUGUACGCAUGCAUGGAGCGGGCGGGAACAGAGCUGGCCACUGCCCUGAUCUCAGCCGGUGCCGACCCCAGCAUGGAAGACUAUGCCGGCGCGUCAGCCCUUGUCUACGCCAUCAAUGCACGGGAGCAGGACACCAUCCAGGCACUCCUGGACGCAUGCAGGGCCAAGGGCCGUGACAUCAUCAUUAUUGCCACAGACCUGAGCUCAGACGGGGCUCCCAUGACUUGCCGCUACCUUAACGUGCCACCGUCACCCAAUACCUCGCCCAUCUCCUGCAUGUCACCCUCCGACAUCGAGCUGAAGACAAGCUCCCCGGGCUCAGAGGCUGAGGGGGAAAACAUCUUCAACUUCAGAGCCUCGGGGAAGAGGGAAAGCAGGGCAUCCUCGCCUCUGCCUCAGGAGGCGGAGCCAUCGAACCGGCAGCGGCUACACUCUGAGCCCUGGUUGGCCAUUCACGACUUGGCUCACCUCAGCUGCACCUAUGAGGAGAGUGUCAGUCAACAAACCAUGGAGGAAGAGGAAAAGGGGGAGAGCAGUUGCCACAACAACCCUGCGCAACAGCCACACCCCCCUACCAGAGCUGACCUCAAAGCGAACCAUGGACAAGCGCAGUGCAGGAGCCCCGCGAAGCAGCAUGCACUGGUAGGCCUGGAGCACCUGCACACCCGACGCAAUACUCUGCCUGCGCUCACCACAGACCAGUGCUUCCUUCAACUGCCUGCCCUCUCCCUCAACCUGUCCACCUCAGACACUCACCUACACGAGCCACCCAGGACCAUAACACUGCCACCAGUUCCUACAAGCAGAAACAGCCACAAUUCCUCCAGUAGCACCAGCUGCCUCUCUCUGGCACCCCCUGCUGCCCCAUGUGAAUUUAACACCAUGAGAAAAUGGAAACCCCAGGAGCAGCUGAGUUUAAAGCCACAGCAGACACAUGGUGCCAGCUUUUUGCCACCUCUACCCAUUAAUGCUACUGUAAACACAUUCUCUGGAGAGCCAAGCACUGCUCUGAGGGCAGAAGACACCCAACGCCAUAGGCCAGAUGGUACAAAGACAAAGAAACCACCAUGCCACUACUCUGGUCAGCUGGAACAGAUGAGACAGUGCAGCAGUGCUGAGGAGAUCCUCUUCAUGCUAUAG